CUCAUUGCAUGCUUGUGGUCUGAUUGACGCCGGCGUUGCUAUGGCUGACCAUGUGCUUGUAGGCAGGCUAGAGAGAAAUGAUAACAUUGCGUGCUGUGAGAGGGCCAAGCAAACAGUCGUUUUGUUCAAUUUGGUGAUUGAGCCGAGCGCAAAAUGGUAGUCUGCCUGAGUUAACUUGCGGCAAAGAUGAGGAAUAAGUCAAGCGCCGACAUCACUAACGUCCCUAGCAACCGACGAAAAAACGGCCAAUUAGCCAUGAACCCUUCAAACCAAUCAAAGCCUAAAUCACCACGGAAUAUAGGCGCCUUCAUGAUACAUGCAUUAAUUUUAUUCGCCUUUUUUACUGGAGGCCUGUUUCAGAAAACUCUACCACCCAUGACCUGGUGACGCCUAUAGGGUGGGCAGCGCACGUUGUCGGCCAAGCGUCGGCCGGUUGCCCUGGCGACCAAGUCAACAGCCGCCCUUGUAAGUGACCAUCUUGCUUCGCCCAUUCACGCCCGGCGCUUCGACUUCAUUUUCCCCAUACAAAACCACCUUUUCCCUUUUUUUGAUCCGUCUAGUACUGAUCAAACCCCCCAUCUCCCGUACAUUUACUACUUCUUCAUAGAGAAGACACUAGCAAAAGGCUCUCUACCUCCCCGAGAAGCCCAUCUUCCACUAUCUGCCUGAACAAGGCUACUUAUAACAAGACUUUGCGUCUUUCUCAAGUCGGAAUCGACUGAGAGACUACAAACCAAUUUAAGCCCGGCGCCCCUGUGCUUGCGCUGCGUGAGUUUCGGACCUACAGGUUCCUAUUAUAUCGACAACAACCUCCAACCGACGACAACAUUUUAUUCCGGACUCCUCUUUGCAGUUAAAUAUGCUAUCUAACCACACGACAACCCUCCACGCGAGGCAGAGGCAACACCGCCGCCAGAACUCGACACCCUCUGCCUUUGAAGCCGUGAAGCCCACAGCCAUGCCCAACAGACGACCAGCCGUCGGCCACCGCCGCGGUCUCAGCCUCGACACACGCCAAAUGCGACCAACCACAGCAACAAGGCAUGGCUCAACAGUAAGUAUGAGUACUAACAACACAGGAUUAGCAAAUCUUCCGCAGCACCGUGUACUGCGAGAAGCGCAGCAGCAACGCACCCAAGCACGCCCGGGCCCCCAGCAGCACAACUCCAGCAGCUCUCAGUACGUCUCCAUGACGCACGAGAACUCUGAAAACUUCCUCCUUUCCCCCCAUGAUACUCCCCAGCUCAAUGGUUUCGAUGCCUCAUGCUUCGACUCCAACUCUGCUCCCUUUGCUCCCUUUGGCGAGCAGCUCACCAUGAUGAUGCAAAAGAACCAUGGCAGCUACGGAAGCAACAUGACCAGCGCCAAAGAUAUGGAGCUCUUCCAGAUCGAAAGCGCACAGACAACUCCCACCUACAUGAACUAUGCUCAAAGCCCCUCUGAUAACACCUGGACGGCUGAAGAGGCCUCAGCCACAAUUAAGAGAAGCGCCAGAAGAAUCAGCAACGGCAUUAUGGAUCGUGUAGCCAAAUUUGAAGGUCUCGGCGUUGAAGACGGCCAGCGACCAACAACGCCCCCCAACCAAAACGGAAGUGCCUACUUCCCCCCUACUCCUAUGGAGACCCCCCAUGACCGCGCUCUGAAGCAGCAGCCAAGACAACCUGCUAGAUUUUCUGAGGAUUACGAUGACUCCAUGGAGGAGACUCUUAAGCCUAACCGUUCUCGCCCCCAUGCCAGAGCUCAGGAUAUCUUCAACCAGAUGAGCCAGAGCCCCGUCGUCCCCAGCCCUCCCCGUACCGCUCCCAUCCCAGCCAACAAGACUUUCUCCACCGUCCAGCAGCUUCAUGCAGAGAAUGCCGACUACCUUGACAUGAACGGCUUCCGCAGCGAGUUUAUGAAGCUUGGUGAUGGCUUCGAGGGCAUCCCCGACGACGCUGCUGAGUUCCUCGUCUCUCAGAGCAUGUCCGUCAACCCUUCUCAAGAGAGCCACCACAUGGCCAACUUUGAUUUUGAGGAGCCUGCCAGUGUUGAAGGCUCCCCUGUCCGCCGCGUCCACGGUCACCGCCGCACAGAAUCUGUUGCCAGCAUUGCCAGCGCCGCCUCCAUUGCCAGCAUCAACAUUGAGGAGACCAAGACCGACACUGGCGUCACCCUCGAGGAGAUCUCCCAGUUUAUCCGUGGUCCCGAUAGCUCUGAUGGCAAGUGGAUGUGUCUGUUUGAGGACUGUGGCAAGAAGUUUGGCCGUAAGGAAAACAUCAAGUCCCACGUCCAGACCCAUCUCAACGACCGCCAGUACCAGUGCCCUACCUGCAACAAGUGCUUUGUUCGCCAGCACGACCUCAAGCGCCACGCCAAGAUCCACACUGGUAUCAAACCCUACCCUUGCGAGUGCGGCAACAGCUUUGCUCGCCACGACGCUCUUACCAGACACCGUCAGCGUGGUAUGUGCAUUGGUGCCUUUGACGGCAUCGUCCGCAAGGUCGUCAAGCGUGGCCGCCCAAAGAAGAACCGCCCCGACAUGGAGGCCCGCAUGGAGAAGUCUGCCCGCACCAGACGCAACAACAACCUCUCCAUCAGCAGCUCCGUCUCUUCUUUCUCCGGCUACUCUGACAGCUCUGCUGCCAACUCGCCCGAGAAUGACUACAACGUUCUUGACGACAUGAUGGACAUUGGCGCCAUCAACAUGCAGCCCUCUCUCUCCUCGGCGCCCAUGACCAACAUUGUCCGCCGCACCGAGAACGUCACUUCACCCGCCGACACCCUCCACUCCUACGUCUCCCCCGAGGCCAUCAUGGACGCUUCUGCCCCUGCCUCGCCCGCUAAGAGCGCUGCCAGCCAGUACAACACCCCCCCUGAGCUAUCGCAGUCUUCCUCUCCUCCUCCUGCUGGUCUCUUUGAGGUCAAUGAGGACCUUAGCGCCUUGACAGAUAACAGCGCCAUGAUGAACGGUGCCGGUGUCAACACUACCCUCCCGAUUGGAAUCAACGAAAAUGAUGACCCAUUGAUGUUGCAAUUUGCACAAGAUGAUGGACUCGUUCAGCUCGAACGUGACCCCAGCAUGCUCAUGAUGAGCAAGUUCGACGAAGAGUUUGGCAUGUUCACUAACGGUGAUGAUGUCUUCUUCCCCAGCUCAUGAUUUGAGUGCCUUGUUUCGUGACUCGACCUGUUUUUGAAAAUGUCUAGGUCGAUGUCGCCUUGUGUGCUAACUGUAUCAUUAUUAUGUCACAUAUUCUUUUAUUCUUCCACCUUUUUAGGAGUCGGCUGGGUUUCAACGUAUGAAGUUAUGUCACUAACAUGAAAGAGAUUACUUUUUGCUGUUGGACGGAAUCUUCGGGCUUUGGACGACAAUUUUUUACCUUAUUCUCUUUGGAGAUUUUGAGUGGAUUUUGGUUUUGCGGUUUCCUAAUAGUUUCUUGUUCUUUUUUCUUUUUUUUUCUUGUUCUUUUUUUCUUGUUUAUUUCUCUUUGUCUUUACGGCUUUUACCUCGGGCGUCUUGGGCUUCAGCGGCUUCUUUUGUUUUUCUCGUUGAAGUUUGGGCUACCAUGGGUAUCUGCUGGGUUAUGCUCCCCAUGAGAUAAUUUAAUGUAUGUAUCAGUACAGAAUUUAUGACAAAGAGACACGGGGACGAUGGAUGAUAGAUUGCUUGGGUGGAUUUGGGUUCUUUGAUUCUGCUUUUGGUACUAAUGGAUGAAAUGCUUCUCUU